CCGAGAGGACAAAGCAUCAGUUUCUCAAAAGAGACUAUAUACAAUACCACCAUGCACACCAAGGUCCUUCUGGUUGUUUUGGGCUUGGCUGCCCUGGUUGCUGCUGACAGCAGGGAGACCUACUCCUACUCUGCCCCAAGGGCUUCAUCCGGCUCCGAGGAAUCCUUCGAGUCCGGCGAAGUCAAGUACAACUUCAACUGGGCCGUAAGCGACGACUCCUCCAGCAACGAAUUCGGACACCAGGAGGCCCGCGACGGAGACGACACCCAGGGAUCCUACUACGUCCAGCUCCCCGACGGCCGCCUGCAGAAGGUGUCCUUCCACGUCGACGGUGACGACGGGUAUGUCGCUGAGGUCACCUACUCCGGCGAGGCUCAGUUCCCCGACUCCGACGAAUCCUUCGAGUCCCGCGAGGCUCCCAGGAGGUACUAUGGUGCUCCCGACUCCAACGAAUCCAAGUAAACUGGAGGAGAUGCUCAGAUUUCGAAGAGAUUUCUUAUAUUAAAUCUUGUCCUUUUGUUGAUGUUCUCCCAACGCACCUAUGUCUCUAUUUGUCUAAUUUAUUACGAUUACAAUGAGAAAUAAAA